AUGCAACUGAGUUACUUAAUAGUGUUGGGACUGCUGCUGCUUACAUUGACUGAUGCUCUUCGGUCGUGUGUGACAAAUGGACAAGUUCGGGUUCCAUGUCAAGAUGAAUUACUGCUGGGCGAGUCUGACAAGUUUCUGCUGACCUUGUUUGGUCACACGUGCUACACGAUAAAUAUCGUAUCGCCACAGCCGCUUGAGGUGCAGUUCUACGACUCGACAGAGCUUGAAAGUAGUGCAAAUAGUAACCAAGGUCAUCGGAGACUGCAAAUGGAGACAACAGAAGGAACGAAUGAGACUGUGAGCAGUUUGGCGGCGUUGGGGAGAAAUGAUGCAUGCCACAAUGUCUUAAGCUGUGUGCAACUGCAGGAAGGGCUGUCUAGAGCGGCCACGUACAAUUUAGUGAUCUCGCGCUGGGCGAAUGUUAGUGAUGAAAGUGAGAGUGAGGUGGACAAGGAGGAAGGUUUAAUCCGAGUCACCGUAGAGUUGGAACACUGCGACCCGGUUUCACCAUGGCACUAUGUCGGAUUGGUGUUUGUAUGUAGCAUCGGACUCACGUCCACGAUGCUGCUAUUGUGUAUCGUUGGGGAGUUUGUGUUGGGUCUACAAACUACCACAAGGCUUCAGCAAGCGGUUCGGCGAGAUCGAUUUGUCAAAGUAGUCCAAGUGGACCCUGUAAAGCAGACAAAAGAGGUCGAGAAGAAAUUGGAUGAGCUUGAAAAGAACCAAGUGCUUACUUACGACGGACCGAAAUUGCAGCAACCUGUGGAAGUUGGUGCUGGUCAAGGCAUCCGUAUAAUGAAUGGAUCGUUGUCUCUUCUUGAUAACAAGCUCAGCAACAGUGUUGCUCUGUGA